GAUUGUUGUGGAUUACUGCCUUUUGGUUGACCAUGGGACAAAGGAAAUGUGCGGCAGGAAGAGCACGGGGAUAUUUAUUUGCAUGCUUCUCUGCUGUGCUUUUGUGGAAGUUAGCUACAGCACAAUUAAGAUACUCGAUCUCUGAGGGAAUAAACGAAGGAACUGUGGUCGGAAAUGUCGCUAAAGAUCUGGGAUUGGACAAAAGCACACUCGGUGACAGAAAGUAUCGGGUAGUGUCUAGUGAUGCUGAUCCCCUCUUUCGUGUGAAUCAAGUCGAUGGGAACCUGUACGUGAGCCGAAUGAUCGACAGAGAGACGGUGUGCUCAGAUAGCGGUACGUGUUUAAUAAAUCUCAAAACGGUGCUUGAAAACCCGCUAGAAGUGCAUUACGUUAGGGUUGAAGUGUUGGAUAUAAAUGAUCAUUCUCCCAGCUUCCAAGAGAACCAGACCACUAUGGAGAUUUCCGAAUCCGUGUUGCCUGGAACAAGAUUUCAGCUCACCGCCGCAAAAGAUCCAGACAGCGGUCAGUUCUCCGUGCAGCAGUAUAGACUUAGCCAAAACGAACAUUUUCGACUGGAGGUUAAGGAUAAAAGAAACGACAUUAAACUACCGAUUUUGAUUGUGCAAAAACCUUUGGACAGAGAAACAACAAGGAACCAUUCACUGACACUCACGGCCGUGGAUGGAGGUAAACCUCCUCAAUCCGGUAGUAUGAAUAUUUUAAUAAAUGUUUUGGACGUAAACGACAAUGUGCCCGUUUUCACAAAAGAUGUUUAUUCAGUGAUGCUCAGUGAAAAUUCACCAAUAAAAACGACAGUUAUACAGGUUGAAGCAACUGAUUUAGACGAAGGUCCAAAUGGAGAAGUAAUUUACUCCUUUAGCAACAGUGUGAGUAAGAAUAUACUAAAUCUUUUUGAUAUUAAUUCAUUAACCGGUGAGAUAACAGUAAAAGGUUUAAUAGACUUUGAGGAAAAAGAGGAAUAUGACAUAGAAAUUCGAGCAUCGGAUAAAGGCCUCCCCCCACUCACAGCUGAGAAAACUGUCGUCAUAAAAAUAAUUGAUAUUAAUGAUAACGCUCCGGAGAUAGAAGUUACUUCAUUUUCAAGCUUAAUUCCUGAAGAUUCUCGACCAGGAACCACCGUUGCGCUCAUCAGUGUAAAUGAUUUGGACUCAGCUCUUAAUGGAAAAAUUAUUUGCACGAUAAGUGAAGAGAUUGUUUUUGCUUUGUCGGCAUCAUUGCAAGACAAUAUGUUUUCAGUAGUAACCAAAUCAUAUCUGGACAGAGAGAAAACGUCAAGAUAUGACCUGAAAAUAACUGCAAAUGACGAAGGGCAUCCUUCACUUUCAUCUGAAAAAACAAUCAGCGUCCUGGUGUCAGACGUGAAUGACAACGGCCCAGAAUUUUCACAAAGUCCAUAUUACUUUUAUGUGACUGAGGGAAACAAACCAGGUUCCUUGGUGUUUUCUGUCAAAGCUUUUGACAAAGAUGAAAAUGAGAAUGCGCGUAUAUCGUACCAUGCUAGUGUAGAGGGAAGCAAGGACAGCAAGUUGAUUUCAUUUUUAAGCAUUAAUUCUGAGACCGGAGAAAUUGUGGCACUGAAAAGUUUCGACUUUGAAACUCUAAAAACUUUCCAGUUCCAAGUUGUCGCCACUGAUUCUGGG